GUGUUAUGUACAGGAUGUACGGUUUCAUUCCAAAUAGCUGGUUAUUGAGUUAUUGCUAUGUGUGUACGGAUACAAUAUCAAGAUAAAGUUAAGAAGUUUCUUUUGGGGGCUUUACACAGUGUUAACCACAUUAAAUGAAGCUGCACGUAUCCAAAUCAUUGUAGUAAAUAGUUACUAUUUAGGUAACAGUUACUGGAAAAAUGUGUUUACAAUGUUUACGGUAUAUCAUUCACACAUGCCACCGGAAGCAUUAUUGAAUGGUAUUAUGCUGUAACGACGCGUUUCUAUGUAAUUAGUGCUCUGCAACCACACUAUUGUGAUAAAGUUAUCUAUCCAUAGUGCUGAAAUGCAGCGUAGGAGGAAACAACAUGGAAUUACAGUGCAUCUGAAAAGUAGUGACAGUCCUUCGCUUUUUCCAACAUUUGUUAAAUACAUUUUUUUUUCAAAAUUGUACACAAAACACCCAUAAUGACAGUAUGACAACAUAUGAAAUGUAUGCCCAAAAAAUAAUACUUUACAUGUGCAUAAGUAUUCACAGCCUUUGCCAAGAAGGUCACAAUUAAGCUGAAGUGCAUUAUGUUUCCCCUGAUCAUUCUUGAGAUGUUUCUACAACUUUAUUGGGGUCCACCUUUGUAUAUUUGUGAUUUGAUAUGUGACAUGUUUAUGGUCCCACGGAUGUACGAUCACACGUAAAUGGAAGCUCUACCAAGAGGUGGCCAGCUGUCUAAGCUGACCCGACAGGACUCAGCUAUCUGCAGUGAAAAAGGACCUGAUCUUGACCCACUUUGACAGAACUCUAGUGUUCCUCUGUGGAGAGAGGAGAACCUUCCAGAACAAAGGCAUUCUCUGCAGUGAUCCGCUGAUCACAACUGGAUGACACUGAGGUCUGAAGCUCACUCAAGAAAACCAACACAAGAUGGCAUCUGGCUUCCUCAAGUAUGCAGUGCUUCUUCAGAAGUACCGAACCCCACUGCUGAUGGCAAGCUGCGGUGGCGUCUUUGCAGCCAACAUGUUCUACCAUGUCUUCCCUGACGUGUCCUACCGCCAGCUCUAUCAGGCCUGGUCCAAAGGAGAGCCGGUCACAUUGUCUGAGAAACUAGAGGAGCUUUUCCAGCAGGUGUUGAAGGACUACGGCAUCAGCUCACCCAAAACAUUCUCCGCCUUUGCUUCCUUUGGUUUCCACCCAGUCGGUGCUGGUGUCCCGUGGCUCCCUGCAGGGGCACACAUUGGCAUCCCGGCAAACUUUAACAGCACGAUCGACGACCAUAGUGGCAUCACGAACCGGAACAUUUUCAUCAAUGGCAAAACCGUGGAGUGGGACAGUGAAACUGGCACAUCCCUCAAGGAGUCACUGGUGUUUUCCCGAGACGCACAGAAAUUUGCCCUAGCACGAGAGGUGGCCCGUCUGCAGUCCGGAGUGCCUCUCAUGACUGCUGCAGUUGCUCCCUUCUGCCUGGGUGGGGUUUGGGUGUACAGCGUGGUGCUGAAACAAGUGUUUGGGCUCCAUGCUGGGCCCGCGUUGUUGCGUGGAGCUGUGAACAUUGUGGCGCUGGGGCUCGGUGCCGUGUCCUACUUCCUCACCUCGGAUGCCGUCACCCAGUGGACUGAUUACAGCUCGGACCAGCGUGCUGCUGGAGUGUCGCGCGAUUACGCCAGGGGCGGGGUGGAGUUUUAUGAUAAGAUUCUGUCCAGAAACAGGACACUGCGCUCACUUAUGGGACAGAAAGGAGAGGAGAUGUACGCACCCAGCGGAAACUUAUUUCCCGCUCACCUCCUUCAGCUCAAACACACACCGUACACCUCCAGGAGGGAGGGGAUCCUCACUCUUCUGAAAAAGGAGAACAUUUAGAUCCAGAUAACUAAUCAUAGUCGGUGCACGGCAGUCCUCAUCUUAAGUGAUUAACACAGCCGUCCGUGACCUUGAAUUCGUGGGAAAUGCCAGCAUUUUAGAUUCAGACUUCACACGCUAUGAAUGUUUAAAUGGUUUAAAUCGGUCAAAUAAAACCAGACUUAAGAGCAGUCAUUUUCCCCACGAAUUUUAAUUUCUCAUUUGUAUGGAAGGCACCCGCUUUGAAAGCAAAAGUGAACAUGCAGCAAAAACAUUUCACCACAUUCUUAUUGGGCGGGGGGGGGGGACUUGUCAUCAAUCAGUCAGUCCCUCGCCACAUCAAGCUUCAAAUUUUGCGGCUUCACUCCUAUCACGUUUUUUUCAAAAAUAUAGUAAUUAAUAAAUCAUGCUUCUCAUUGGUUGAAUACGGCCUACUUUUGCCUAUGUUUUGCCUAAACUAAGCAUUUUCAAGCAUAGAAAUAGCUAAAUGAACUAAAUACAAAUAUAAGGCAUUCAGAUGACACAUUCAAAGACAUUUAAUGUUCGCUGAGACACACAAGAUCCAGACUUGAUUGCCGGAACAACAGGCUUUUAUUGCAGAUUUGAAUUAUCACUCAAUAGGCACAGUAAUCGCAUGAGCAACUGUUGCCUAACUGUUCCCUAACCUGCACCAAGCUAAAACUCAACUAUGAACCUGUCACGUCACUUCCUGUCUGCCCCCCCACUUAGUGCCUGUAGCACCGGAACACAUUUACAGCAAUUAUUAUACUUAUUUAUGUCUUAAGUGGCAUAUUUUCUCUUAUUAUGUUGACGAUAUCGGGUAAUACGAGUGUAAAGGUGACCGGGGGGGGGUGUUAUUCCAUGUCUAGAGAGCUCUAAUAAUGUUGAGAACUGUAUUUAGAAGAUCGUAAACGGGUUUUCUAUGCCCUAACUAUGAAAUUAUUCAGUUUUAUAAAUAAGGAAUUCUACUUUGCGAAAAUUCACUUAUCACAAUCAGGUCUGCAACCAACUAAUCUGAAUAAACAAGGGAUUCAUGUAUUCGAGAUCGGUUGCAUAGAGAGUGUAAGCCAACACUGUCGUCAAGUGGCUUACUGAUGCGUGGGCGCACAUCAUGACUUUGAAAUUCCUACAAAAGCAAGUAUUUCACAACAUUUAUUUGCUCAAAACAUUUUAUAUUUGCAUUGUAAGUUAUAAAAAUGGUUAAUUGUUAUGUAUUGUAAUUACACCCACUAUGCAAUCCAUCAAAAGAAGCACACCACAAUGUACUGAUCUUCUGUGACAAAAAGUGCUGAUGCAAUUUUGUGUAUUCCCGUUGCAGUAAUGCAAAACAAGAUGUUCCUCCCAUUGCCCUUUUCAUCCUCCAGCAUUCUGUGUCCCCACUUGUUCUUUUUUUUAACUGAGAAAAAACAUGCCUAAGUGUCUACACAUUUGCAUGACUAGCUAAUUUGUUUGGUGAUAAUAAUCUUAAUAUCCAGCUCAGUGGGACCUCAGAACUCAUCAUGCAACACUCAGGUUCCCUGAGGUCAUCUGUCUGCAUAUUAACAAGGUUCCGAUAUGAUAUUUUAAUUACAUUUCUAGUCCUCUACCCCGAGGACUGGACCAAAAAUAACGGCUUGUAAUUAAUAAUAUUGCGGAAUAGAUACAGUGACACAUUUUUUAAGUGGUUGUGCCAAGGUGGACGAGGCAAUAGUGACAGUUUGAAGGGGUGAUGGAAUUGGUGCUACAAGGGCAAUGCUACUGAUUAGACAUGACAAAUUCUCAGAAUUUUAUGUAAAGAUAUGAUUUCCGAACCACAUGGUUAGAAAUUGUGUCCCAUCAAAGUGACUUUCACUAGAUCCCAUUAUAAGUCAAAUUAAUGUGUAAAAGAUGAUGUAAAUUCAUGCAUGACUCGUGUAAAACAAGAAAACAAUCAGGGCUUUGACUAGAGUAUGUCAGCUCACUGCAUCAUUGCCCUCCUUAUGUGAAAGACGCUCCCAACACUGGCCUCACUUGUCUUGUCUUCAUCUUCUGACUUGAUAGUGUGCCAUUCAAAGUGUACAGAAAGGCCCAUUGUGUGACGUAUUGUACUGGCAGCUAUUUCACUGUGCACCACAUGAGGCCAGUACAGUCCACAUCAACCUUCAUAUACUGUCUCCUCUUACCCUAAAUAUGAAUGACAAGGCUGACAUUAUCAAUGAACAUACACUAGUUCACUUUGAUUAUUGUUUUUAUUCACAGUAUAUAUUGUACAAUUAAAAAAAAUGGAAAUUAUAAUUCCAAAAUAUUUGCAACACGGAUACAACGUAAGCCCGCAGUAAAUAACAAAGUACAUAUGUAAUUGGUCCACGAGAGGGAAUUUUGACCGAAUCAAAGCCUUUGAUUUUGUAGCGGCCUUACCUGGGCGCGCUCCCUAACUAACAGCGCGCCUCCCGCUCUGUGGCUCCGCCUCCGAGCGCUCUAUUUGCGCAAGGGGUGGGCGAUACUGCAAAUGUUGCUGUCGAAUAGAUACCAAGUAAAUACUUGACCGGUAUCGUCGAUGCAGACGCUUUUUAGUUGGAGCUUUACAAGCUCAUUGAAUGACUGAGUUUUCACUUUUAAUUUGCUGACCGUGAUUAUAAUCACAACAAAUCACGGGACACGUAAAUGUAAUAUAUUUUAUAUUAUAAUCACAAUACAAUAUGAU